AGUAGCGUCUCGGGUUAUUAUCAUAAAAUAUUCAGCAGCAUCCCUCUCGCUGUCGAUGACCAUGAGGUUCAAACAUACUCACAGGACUGACUGAGUUAUUUUUUUUUUGGGAAACAAUAACAAAAGAGGAACUAUCAUCAAUUGAUUGUAUAACUGCGUUUUUAUAUAUUUUUUUUAUCCUUUAAUUUUUAUGUGUUUGGACGCCGCAAUUUCAUUUUUUUCCUUAAAUUCAAAACUUAAGAUGUGGACUUUCUUGGGAUUAGCAAGCUUUACAUACAUUUACAAAAAAUCCCACACAGUCUUGUCUUUAGCCUACAAAGAGCUGGUGAUGGCCGCAGCCUUAUUUCUCAUAGUCGGACUGCUACUCUCCUAUUUGAGGUAUUUUCACGGCCAGAAGCUCGGAGUCCAUAAGAUACUCCACUUGCCUCUGAGCUUCUUGUCUUUUCUACCUGUUAUUAACCACUUCGUCCCUCAAACUGCAACACAGAGGAGCAGGAAAGCAGAGAGCACCAGCAAAAAGACUCAGAAAAGAAGGAAAACAGUAGAAACGGAGUCGCAGAAUGCCCCGGCCCGUGCCUCCUCUGUGGAUCUGGAGCCAGAUGUGGUGAUAGUCGGGGCCGGGGUCCUGGGCUCGGCGAUGGCAGCCGUCCUGGGCCGGGACGGCCGGAAGGUGACCGUGGUGGAGAGGGACCUCAGGGAGCCUGACAGGAUAGUGGGGGAGCUGCUGCAGCCUGGAGGAUACAGAGCGCUCAGAGACCUGGGACUGGAAGGCUCAGUGGAAGGCCUGGACGCCCACCAGGUGAACGGCUACGUGAUCCACGACUCCGAGAGCAGCACGGAGGUGGAGGUCCCCUACCCUCAGCUGGAGAACAGCGUCCAGUGUGGACGCGCUUUCCACCACGGCCGAUUCAUCAUGGGCCUCAGGAGAGCCGCCAUGGCUGCGCCAAACGUCACAUUAGUAGAAGGCACCGUGACCAGUCUGCAGGAAGAGGAUGGUUGUGUCACCGGAGUCCAGUACAAGGACAAAGAAACUGGAGACAUCAAGGAGAUCCACGCACCGCUGACGGUGGUGGCCGACGGCUGCUUCUCCAAAUUCAGGAAGAGCCUGAUCUCUGGGAAAGCCCGCACUUCCUCUCACUUUGUCGGAUUCAUAAUGAAGGACUGUCCCCAGUUUAAACCCAACCACGCCGAGCUGGUCCUGGCCAACCCCAGCCCCGUGCUCAUCUACCAGAUCUCCUCCACGGACACCAGGGUCCUCGUGGACAUCAGGGGAGAGAUGCCUCGCAACCUGUCCGAGUACAUGGCAGAGAAAAUAUACCCACAGAUGCCAGAGCACCUGAAGCAGCCUUUCCUCGAGGCGCUGCAGAACGAUCGACCCAGGUCCAUGCCGGCCAGCUUCCUCCCCCCGUCCCCCGUCAACAAGCCAGGUGUGGUUCUCCUGGGCGAUGCUUAUAACAUGAGGCACCCUCUGACGGGGGGCGGGAUGAGCGUCGCCCUCAACGACGUCCGCAUCUGGAGGAGUCUGCUCAAGAACAUCCCAGAUCUGUACGAUGAGAACGCCAUGCUGCAGGCAAAGAAAAAAUUCCACUGGGAGCGCAAGUCAUCACAUUCUUUCGUGGUGAAUGUGUUGGCCCAGGCCCUGUACGAGCUGUUUGCAGCCUCCGACAAACCUCUUCAUGAGCUGAGGAAGGCCUGCUUCCAGUACUUCAAGCUCGGGGGAGAGUGCAUUUCUGGGCCCAUCGGACUCCUCUCAGUUUUGUCGCCCAGACCCAUGACCCUGAUCGGACACUUCUUCGCGGUGGCGCUGUACGCGGUCUACUUCAACUUCAAGGCUGAGUCCUGGCUCACCAAACCCCGAGCCUUGUUCAAGAACGUGGCCAUCCUGUACCGAGCCUGCGCCGUCAUCUUCCCACUCAUCCUCUCCGAACUGAACUUCCUGGUGUACUGAAGGCCGCCGCGUGGCGACAGACCGACCGAACUGUGUGGCGAGGCCUUGACUGGGAGCAAAACUAAACCCGCGAGUCUCGUCUUCCUGCUGAAAAGGGCGCAUUCUGCAGUCUGUCCCCUGCCUUACUGAACUCUGUCCUACCUGACGCCUUGUUUGUAGACGGAAAAAUUAUUACAUUUCAGCCUUGUGUGUGCCUUGUGGUCCAAGUCCGGACUCGGGCCUUUCCGGGUGGAGUUUGCAUGUUCUCCCUGUGUCUGCGUGGGAAGGUUCCUCCCACCGUCCAAAGACAUGCUCGUUAGGUUGAUCAGUUUAAGAAUUAUUCCUGCCAAACAGAAUCACCAUGUGAACCACGACAUCUGAAUUUCAUCAAGAGGAUGUUACAGUUUAACCACUUUCCUGCCGGGUAUUUUCGUGUUAACAGCCUUAAUCCAAAUCCAAAGCACAAAUGAAAGGAUGUCAUAAACAGCAGGCUGUCUAAAUUAUUAUUAUUCAAAUAUAUUUCCUUUUCCUUUUUUUUUUCUCCAUUUUUUUGUGUAUUUCCAGCCUUUUCUUUCCCUCUGCAAUUAUUUAUUUCAUCUGUCCUCCAGUUGUUUCCUGCCCCCCCCCCCCAACAAUGUUGCUUUUCAUAAUAAUGUGAUAAGGGGAUGUUUUUCGACACAUUCUGGUUCAGACUCAAACUGUGCAGCUUCAUUUGACGAGAUCCUAAUCCUGGAUGACGGUGAAGAGCUGAUGCAGCACGGACGCCUGGUGUGCAUGGGGGGGGGGCACAUGUGGGUUAGAGGGACCUGAUGUAUAAGCCUUAUUAAGACCGAACCAUGAGAAGUGACAAAGAUGUUUUCUCUUUUUUUUUUUUUUUUUUUGGCUCCUGAGCUGACGCCACAGCGGUUUGACUCCUGCUGAAUUUACCUGUGUGUGCCUGCAUCGGCCUCGGUGGGCCAUAAAAUAAACCGUGACCAGA